CUUUCGGAGUGAUAGUCGAUAGACAGCUUGCUAAGACAAUUUCGAAGGUAAAACUGAAAGCCUGUUAAAACUAAUAAUUAACGGGACAGUGUUAAUCUUAGUAUCGAAAUUAAAAUAACGUGUACGGUGUUAGCUUAGGAUACCUGUAUUAUAACCCUAGAGGUGUAAAAUUAAUGACUAGACUUAACAAGGUGAGAAGAUUUCGCAUGCAUCGAUUUUUCGAUAAAAGUCUUAUUAGUACAGUUUGGUCGUUAAGGCCGAGUUGAAGAGUGUAAAGUUCAGUCUUCAGAACAUCUGACGCCGCUUGUUUCCCCGUCAUUUGGUGCUAACACAGCUGCUGGUGUAACUUGUUUGGACGCAUUUUAUAUCAUUGGCAGAGAAGUGAGUCCGAGCGAACAGAAUGGCGAGUGGAUCGUGGGAAGAGUUCUUCGCGGUUCACCUGCCCCCGACUGACUUCGAGGACAAUCGGUCACUGCUGAAGGAGUUCUGCGAGAGGCAUGAUCAGUACGGGAACAAAAUAGUUCUUGUAACAUCGGGAGGUACAACAGUCCCCCUUGAGCACAACACCGUGAGAUUUGUGGACAACUUCAGCGCUGGCACGCGGGGCGCCGCAUCAGCGGAGUACUUCCUGGAGCACGGCUACGCGGUUAUCUUCAUGCACCGCCAGAAGUCGCUGGAGCCCUUCACGAGGAACUUUAACGGACAGAAGCUAUUCGACAUGUUGGAUCUGCAGCACCGGGGACCUAAUACUACUAUCACUGUGAAGCCGGACGGCGUGUUCGCGCUGGCGCCGGCGCUGCAACGCUACCAGGCUGCGCACGCGGCCGGCGCGCUGUUGCACGUGGCCUUCACGGCCGUGUCCGAGUACUUCUGGCUGCUGCGCGCCGCCUGCGAGCUGCUGGCGCGAUCGGGCCCGCGCGCGCUGCUGUACCUGGCCGCCGCCGUGUCCGACUUCUACGUGCCCAAGGACCGCGUGCCCACCCACAAGAUGCAAUCCGCGAGUGGACCGCCGGUGAUUCAGCUCCACUUGGUGCCCAAGAUGUUGGCUCCACUGGUCAACCUCUGGGUACCGGAAGCCUAUGUGGUGUCAUUCAAACUGGAGACAGAUGAGAACCUGCUCAUCCCUAAAGCUCGAGCGGCCCUUGAGAAAUAUAAACACAAGAUGGUAGUGGCCAACAUGUUACAGACGCGUCACCAACGGGUGAUACUUGUGACUCCGGACUCCAAUCAGGAGAUAGUGCUCUCCAGAGAAGAAGUUCAUGCAGGUAUAGACAUAGAGGGUCUGAUAGUGUCGGACAUAGUGCGCGCGCACACCGCGCACAUGGCGGGCGACGCGCCCCCGCCGUGCGCGCGCUCACCACGCUGAGGGUCGCGCGCCCGCCUGCCGCGACUCUACCUCACGGACUAGCGGCAGGUGCGGGCCCGCCACGCCGCAUCCGCGGUGUGCCCACUGACCAUAGCAAACAGUGAACCAACAGUGACUAAAAGUGUAUGAGUAAUAAAACACAAAAGUGUACUAGUGACUUCAAAAUGCGUUUAUGCGAAUCAUCAGUAGGGCUAGCAUGCGCGCCACGAGAUAAUUAUUUCCACCCGUUCAUCAUAUCAAACUAUUACCCGCCCACCACUGGGCACUUCUCACAAUGAGAAGGGGUUAAGACCUUAGUCUCAGGCUCAAUGCGGAUUGGUGGUUUGUCUGGU